AAUAUAGCGGUAUCUGCUUGUUAAUUUAGGCAACCAUCACAAUAAUGUUUCGGCCAUUUUCCUGCCACAGCACUUGUCAAACUAAGUUGUGAGCGGCUGUGUCGUAUUCAUUUAAAAAGUGUUUGCGGCCAAAUUUCAACAUGUACACUGACGAGUACGAGACAUCAGACUACAACUAUGAUUCUGAGUAUGGUGGUCACACUGGAGACCCAGCCUUGGAUGCUGAGUACAACAGGUCUAUGUUUAAUAUGCCUGAGCUGGUCAAGAAGUUUUUGAUGUACUUCAGGAAUGCAGUCAAUGAGGGCCUUGUGUUUGAAUUGCAAACUUUGUAUGAAAUGUCAUGGCCCAAGAUUACAGAAGACUGCUUUGAGAAGAAGCCAUGGCCAGAAGAGUCAGAGGUUGCAGCUUUAGUUGACAAUGACCAGGUAUUUAUGAUUUUGUACAAAGAAUUGUACUAUCGUCAUAUUUACGCUCGCAUCCAAGGAGGACCAACAUUGGAACAACGCUUCAACUCCUUUUACAACUAUUGUGACUUGUUCAACUACAUUUUGAGCGCUGAGGAGCCAGUCCCGCUUGAGUUACCCGACUUGUGGCUGUGGGAGUUAGUCGAUGAGUUCGUUUAUCAAUUCCAAUCGUUCGCUCAAUAUCGCGCUCGUCUGCAGAAAAAGAGCCCUUUGGAAUUGGAGGAGUUGAACAACAACAACAAGGUGUGGAAUGUUCUGUGCGUGCUGAAUGUACUACAUUCCUUGGUUGACAAGAGCAACAUUAAGCAGCAAUUGGAGGUAUUCGCAUCAGGCGGUGAUCCUGACUCUGUUGCCGGAGAAUUCGGCCGUCACUCCCUCUACAAAAUGUUGGGAUAUUUCUCGUUGGUUGGUUUGUUGCGCCUGCACUCUUUGUUGGGCGAUUAUUAUCAAGCAAUCAAGGUGCUCGAAAAUAUCGAAGUGCACAAGAAGUCGCAGUAUGCUCAUGUACCAGCCUGCCAAAUCUCUACCUCCUACUACGUCGGUUUUGCGUACAUGAUGAUGCGUCGCUACUCGGACGCAAUUCGCACUUUCUCUUCGAUCUUGUUAUAUGUGCAAAGAACUAAGCAGCUCUUUGCGACCAAGAGCUACCAGCAUGAUCAGAUAAACAAGCAAACCGAUCAGAUGUAUCAUUUGCUUGCGAUCUGCUUGGUUUUGCAUCCGCAGUGUAUUGAUGAGAGCAUUCAGCAGACCCUGCGUGAUAAGUCUUACCAUGAGAAGAUGUAUAAAAUGCAAUAUGGCGAUUUGCAAGAGUUCGAAAACUGUUUUGUAUUUGCAUGCCCUAAAUUUUUGUCGCCAUGGCCACCAGGCGUCGAGUCCAACCCGGGUGAUUAUUCCAAGGAGGCAAUCAAGCAUCAGACGCAGGUAUUCAUGGACGAAGUACAGCAGCAGAAGAAUCUGCCAACCAUCAGAAGUUACCUGAAGCUGUACACUACCCUUCCACUCAUCAAACUGGCGACAUUCAUGGCACAAUCGCCCCAGCGUAACAAUGAAACCAAGCGCGAAAUCGAGAAGGAAAUGCAGGCACUGUGCAUACACUUGUUAUGCUUCAAGCACAAGAUGAAGAACGUGGUAUGGUCUAAGGGAGCCUCAGGAUUGGAUGGAAAAUUCCAAAGUGGAUCAGAGUUGGAUUUUUAUAUUGAUAACGACAUGAUUCACAUCGCCGACACGAAGGUCGCUCACCGAUAUGGCGACUUCUUCAUCAGGAAGGUCAUGAAAUUUGAGGAUUUGAAUAGGAAAUUACAUCACCUCAAGUUGUAAGGUAUGAAACGUAUGAUGUAACUUAAGAUAUUAAAAUUCUUAUUCAAACUUUA